AUGCUUGUUCCUAGCGAUCCUGAAAGCGCCAAUUCUAGCCCUAACAUCGGUGUGCCUAAAGAGACCCUUUCUGAUAAUGCCGCACCAAGAAUCAAAUACACCAUCCCAGAUAUCUCUCGUAAGACUGAUACACUAGUUAAGCUACAACCCAAACAAGAUGCUCGACCGAAAGAGUUGGAGCUAGCAAACAAAUCCAAAAGUCUAGUUGAAGAUAUUGAAAUUUUUUUCCAAAAGGAAGAUGACGAGAUUAAAGCUUGUGCUACCAACAUCCUUAGGUGGAAACAAAAAAUAGCAGAACUGCAAUCAAAGGUGAAGAAAGCCGAAGACAAGCAUUUUGAACUCCAGAGAAUCAAUGGAUAA